AUGGGAGAUACCGUAGGAGGCAGAGCGCAUGACGAGGAGCCGAGCGUCGAAGUCCCCGAGACUGGUGUCGAAAAGCGACAGAGGAAAAGAGCCGUUGGGCGAACGGGCGGGAGAGGCGAGAUUCCUCCGUUUCGGAGUCUGCCCUGCCUGCCUACCUCGGUGACCGGUGCGGGUGUCGCGCUGAAUGGUGCAUGGGGUUUCUGCAUCCGCCAUCUCGUGCCUGCAUCCGCUGAACGCGUCUCGAAUCGGUCCGGGGAAAUCGUCUACGGCCGGAACGGAGGUAGGAGAGACGUCGAAACGCCUCGUACUCCGAUGGCUUGGCAGCAUCGGGAUCUCAACUAUUCACACAAUGGAUACGUGGACAAAUACUCCGUCGCCACGCCAAGGAGCUCGACGUCGGAGCACUACAAGAUGGAGAGGAUGCAAGGAGCAAGGGGAUAUACCGGCGGCGGGUCGCAUCACAACAUGUUGAGGGCAGGAGGGACACCCCGAGGACCACGGGUCACUUCCUCCACGAGUGAGACUAGUUCACCUUCAGACACAUCGACUAGUGACGAUGCCGAGCCCGAUACAGAUCCUGCUUACAACGACAGGACGUAUGUUGGUUGCAGACAGGCGUUGGUGGCUCAACCACGGCCAGGGUCGUACUACACACCAGUGCCGAUGAUGCUGUCACCGGCGGGACCGGGAUUCGACGGUACGUUACGAUCGACCAUGAGUGUCCCUAUGCUGGCUCCACCCUUAGUCCCAACCUGGGAUGGUGAACCGUGUCCUGUUCACGGACUGGGGAUACCGCCUCCACCGCCUCCUUUCUUAACUAGGAGAUCGGCCUCUAUCUACGACAUGCGUCCAUAUGCCACCCUCCCCUUGCCACUACCUGCACCUCCGACCAUGUCUUUACCUCCUCCAGCGACGAUGGGGAGGCGUCCUCCAUCACAGGGGGUCGCAAUCCCACCUCACCUGUUGCCUCCCAUGAUGAGACCCCGUCCCCUGGUCUACCCAGCCGACGCUUUUGCCCCUCCCGAACCUCUUCCAAUGAGGGACCCCGAGAAGAAGUCUCUCACCCCUAUCCCCCCAAAGGAGGAAGUGGAAGAGCGACCGCGGAAACGAAAGUGCUGCCGAGGCCCUAUGCUCAUUCUGUGGAUUAUUCUUGGAGUGAUUGCAUUUGGAAUCGUUCUUGGAAUCGUUCUCAAUCUCACCGUCGCUUAG